UGAUUGUAUAACAUUGUUAGACUUUGAUGUCUGGCUUAUUUGGAUGAUCGAAUUCAUGUCUAAAAGUGGUCGUUACCGAGAUGGUUUUGUCCGCUCUACUUCUUCUCGCUUGUCUCCUGCAAGUGACAGCGAAAUUCAACCUCUUCAUCAGUCAAGACGAAGUCAGGAAAUUAUUAGGUCUAUCUUCAGAGCUGUUCUACGUACGAGAUGGUGUAGUUAACACUUACGCAAUGAACUUUGUUGUUCCUGUACCAGCCAACAUUACGGCACUCCACUUCUCAUGGCAGUCUCUUGGUAGAAACCCGCUUCCAUACGUGUGGUUGGUGGAGUACAACAAUAGAGACGCCAUGUUGGAACCUCUGUUUAACAUCACUCCCCGUGGCGUCAUACCAACACAGGUACAAACAUUCAGCGUCUCCCUGCCUUGUACGGGUAUACGGAGUGCUGAGGUGAAGAUAAUACUACAAUUAAAUGUCACCUCCUACAGUAGGAUACAGAACGACACAUCCUUACUGUUCAGGAGGAACAAGAUCUGUCUGAGAGAAUACUACGACACUGAACCUUCUCCACGAAAUGACUCCAUUCGCCUGGACCCUGACACCCUUACUUCUACCAACGCCACCUUCUAUGUUGCUGUCACCUGCGCCUGCGUCAUCAGUGUGUGUGUCAUUGCCGUCUCCUUCCUCAGCUACGUGAGGAACACCAAGAGUCGCACCCAGGAUAGCCUGCACACAAGCUAUACAAGUGGUGCUUACGCUGGGAACCCUAAUGUGUUCAUCCGCCUCAACAGUGGGCUGAGCGGCAGCUACGCUACCAUAGCCAGCUGCCACAAACCCCCACUUACUCCUACCCCCUCCCCUUACGCCACCAGCUACGUAGCCACUGAUGGCAGCACUCACCAUGUCUACUGUAAGCCCGCGUCCACCAGAGGAUCUUCUAGGGUGUCCUACUACGCAUCUUCGCCCCUCAUACAAGUGCCUCAGCUGGAGCCCGCGGAUAGAGUGCGGAAGUUGAACGUUCCAAGGCGUAACAUCCUUACCAAGAAGCUUCUCCAGGAAGGCACCUUUGGCCGAGUGUACAGAGGGAAUUAUCUCCGGGAGGGGGAGAUACACUCUCAGGAUGUCAUCGUCAAAACCGUCUCAGACGAAGCAUCAAUGCUACAAGUGUCUAUGUUUCUGUCAGAAGGAACUCUAAUGUACGGGUUGAUACAUAAACACAUCUUGCCAGUUUUGGCAGCCAACACAGAUCCAUGUCUGCCACCGUUACUGGUCUAUCCUUCAGCUGCACACGGCAACUUAAAAAGGUUCCUGAGCUCCUGCAGAACGAGGGGUGGUGAGCAUUACACUAUUAUUACCCAAGACUUGGUAGAGAUGGCGACUCAAGUUGCCACUGCUGCAGUUUACCUUCACACUCAGAGAAUCUGGCAUCGAGACUUGGCAACGAGAAACUGUGUGGUUGACGAGAAGCUUCAGGUUAAGGUUACAGACAGCGCACUCUCCAGAGAUCUCUACCCAGCAGACUACCAUUGCUUAGGAGACAAUGAGAAUCGCCCAGUCAAGUGGCUAGCCUACGAGGCACUUGUACAUAGGUCUUUCUCAGCCGCAUCUGAUGUGUGGGCGUUCGGGGUGGUUCUAUGGGAGUUGAUCACCCUGGCCCAAGACCCUUACUCGGAGGUAGAUCCUUUCGAGAUGGCAGACUACCUGAGGGAUGGUUACAGACUUUCCCAACCCUUAAACUGUCCAGACCAGCUUUUUGAAAUAAUGACAUGUUGUUGGAUUCUGGAGCCCGAGAACCGCCCGAGCUUCUCUCAACUCCUAGAUUGUCUGUACGAUUUCUCCAAUGCGUUGGGACGCUACAUCUAAGCGGAAAUCGCUAAUAACAUCGCAACUUUAUGAUUGUAUUGAUCUUUUAAAGAUCUGACUGAAGAUCUAUUGUGAUCAUGUUUAUUAUCGUUAUUUAUAGGCGUAUAAUAUAUCGUUUGUAAAUA